AUGACAGCUCCCCCGACUUCGUUUGCAUCUCACCGAAAGAGUUCGAGGAAAUCGAGACGGGACAGCUCCGUAGAAUCUAGUUUUACUCCUUCUGAGGAUGAAGAUGAUUUCUCCUCUUCCACGGAAGAGACAGAACUUGAAGAUGUCAUUUCAGAAGAGCUGUCUGAGUCGUCUGGUAGUGAUUCGGGCAGUUCGAAUGUCGUUCGUUCUCGUCGUAGAAGAAAUAGGCGACAAACAACGAGAAAGGUCCCACGAACCCCUGCUGCGGAUCAAGCGUUUGUGCCUCCUCGAACCACUGCCAUUCCAAUUAACCGUGAUACUCUGAAUGCAAAGCUUCACGCCUCCAAGGUCUCAAACGACUGUCUACCCUGUCGCGAACAGGAGUUCGAUACUAUCUUCGAAUUUCUCUUUGACCAUCUUCAAAACCGCACUGGAGGAUGUAUGUACAUCUCUGGAGUUCCGGGGACAGGCAAAACGGCGACUGUCAACGCUGUCGCCAAGGCUAUGGCCGGCUGUGUAGAUGAUGACGGAGAUGCUAUUGUGCCUCCCUUUGACUUUGUUACCGUCAAUGGAAUGCAGCUCUCUGACCCCCGGCAGGUCUACGUUCAUAUCUACGAGGCUCUGAAGAAAAAGAAGGUAUCUGCUCACAAAGCGACGUCUCUUCUAGAAGUCGAGUUCUGUUCUUCGUCACGCCAGCGCAACGCGAUCGCCGCUCCAGCAUGCGUCUUGCUCUUAGAUGAGUUAGAUCUUCUCUGCUCCAAGCGUCAAGACGUCCUCUACGCUCUCUUCGACUGGGCCUAUCGUGCCGGAGAUAAGAAAAAAAAGGGUGGAGGAAGACCCCUGAUCGUUCUCGCAGUGGCCAAUACUAUGGACCUGCCUGAGCGUGUUCUGCACCAUCGCGUUGCUAGUCGUCUGGGUCUCAAUCGUCUGGCUUUUGCGCCCUACUCGCAUGAUCAACUCGCGGCUAUCGUUAAUGCCAGAUUAGGGCCGGAAUUGAGUUCUUCGUUUGAUGCCAAAGCGAUUGAAUUAGCUACUCGAAAGGUUGCAGCCGUAUCAGGAGAUGCACGGCGUGCAUUGGAUAUAUGUCGUCGCGCUGCAGAAAUAGCUCAACUUGAAGGCGGAAAAACGUUCAAUACAACAAUGCAGCAUGCAAACGCUGCUCUACGUGAAAUGUUUACCUCUCCAGUUCUAACCGCUCUCCGAUGCGUCUCUCAUUAUGAAAGACUCCUGCUAAGAGCUAUCGUCUCUGAAGUCGCAGCAAGAGGUAUUGAGGAAGUCAUACUUUACCGUUGUUUACAACAGCUCUAUACUCUCUGCAAUCUUGAAGGCAUUCCUAGACCUUCGGAUACAGAAGUCUUUGCUAUGUGCGCUUCUCUCGGUGCCUAUAAAUUAAUUAUGACGGAGCCUUCUCGAAGGGACACUAACAUGCUUCUAAGACUCAAUUGCUCUCAAUCCGAUGUGCUUUUCGCGCUUAAAGCUACUGCGAAUUAA